AUGCACUUGAAUUAUAUAGUUCAUAGGUAUCUAAAUCGGUAUAUAUAUAAAUGUGAACAUGUGGAUGACAUACAAUGCAGCGUCAAUCGAAAAUGUUGUUUGACGAAUAUUAUAUGGAGGCACACAAGUACCCAACAGAAAGCAGUGGAUGAGAUAGUAAUGUCCACGUCUCUCCUAUUUUUAGCACAAUUGCAAGUAGUGUUGAUGGCUUUCAUAAGUGCUGCCGUUGGUUUAUCAGGGGCUUCUAACUCCACCUUAGCAUCCAGAUCCUUUGCAAAAGGCUCGAGCACUUCGCUAUUUGGUACAUACUCUUCAAGGGAUGCAGCAGUGGAAUAUGCAAGCAGUGAAAUCAAUGAAAUCAUCUUCUCCAGUUCUCAACGACCAUUAUACUUCACAUCGUCAUAUCAGUCCUCGAGCUCAUUGGAUAUUCAUUCGCAGAUAAGUUCUGACACAGCAGUUUCAACAGUCUUGAACUCAAGUUUAGCCUAUUCGUUGUCUGCUCUGGAUUCAAUAGAAGGAUCGCUGAGCACAUCAAGCCCAUUGUCAAUUCUCCCCUCUAGCUCCUCCUAUAUUCCCUCGCCAACGUACUAUCAAGGAAGUUCCGUGCAUGCUCCAGAAACUUAUAACAGUAGCGUUGACGUCUAUACGUCUCUUGCUCUCGUUACAAACAUCGUAAAUGGGCAUACUUAUGUAUCAAAUUAUUACGCAACAGUAACUGAAAUCGAUUCAUCUACAGCAGCUGUUAGUUUUGGAUCAAAACAACUAGGCUACAAGCAUGUUUUAUCAACACAUAAUCGUAAUAUUAUAAUAGGUUGUUGUGUGGGACUUGGUAUCCCAUUGAUGAUACUGCUGAUAGUACUAUUCUAUUAUAUUUUCAUCAGGAAAACUAAGACGGUUGACUAUAUUAAUUCAGAAGGUGGAAUUGUUACUGCCUAUGACAAAAACUUUAUUCACAAGAAGUGGUAUUUGUUAAUAGGUAAAGAAAAUAAAAUUGAACCGACUUUCAAGAACAACAAGGUCACAGUUCUAGAACCUGAAAAUUCUGGUGUCAGUUAUUCUUCCGAGAAUUUGAAUUUAGAAACUAGUCACGACAAUAACUACAAAGAAUUUAUUAAUACUACUGCCACAAAGAAUUAUAAGAACUAUAAAAUAAGCAACAGUUUUAAUAGGCAUAAGAGAAACAAAUCAAAUCAAUUACCAACUCACAAUUUUCUGGUAGAGGAAGAUCAAUACUAUAAUCGUCAAUCUGACAACGUAAUAUCAAUUGAUGCGAGCAACAACGGGAAUAAUAAUGCUAAUGCAAAAUAUACUGCUAUAGAAGGUCGAAACAGUACAAUUACUCAGACUUCAGCUUCAACAUCAGGUUCUCCAUAUGAAAAAUAUUCAUCUGAAGAAUCUAUGACUCAUUAA